AUGAGUCGGCAGGCCGUCCCCACCCUUCCCAGAGCCAUGUCCCAGAGAGCACUCGCAAACAGUACAGUGUCCAACAGUGAUCUGGCUUGUCUUUUUGAGUGUCCCGUUUGCUUUGACUAUGUACUCCCUCCAAUUCUUCAAUGUCAGAGUGGUCAUCUGGUAUGCAGCAACUGCCGCCCCAAACUCAUGUGUUGUCCAACAUGUCGGGGCCCACUUGGCUCUAUUCGAAACUUGGCCAUGGAGAAGAUUGCAAACGCUGUACUGUUUCCAUGCAAGUAUGCCUCCUCAGGCUGUGAGAUCAUUUUGCCACACACUGAGAAGACGGACCAUGAGGAGCUCUGCGAGUUCAGGCCUUAUGCCUGCCCUUGUCCUGGAGCCUCAUGCAAAUGGCAGGGCUCCUUGGAAGAUGUCAUGCCUCAUCUGAUGCAAAAGCAUAAGUCAAUCACAACACUGCAAGGAGAAGACAUCGUCUUACUGGCUGCUGAUAUUAACCUCCGUGGGGCAGUCAACUGGGUUAUGAUGCAGUCCUGCUUUGAAUACCAUUUCAUGCUUGUUUUAGAGAAACAAGAGAAGUACGACGGUCACCAACAGUUCUUUGCCAUCGUGCAGCUAAUUGGAACACAGAAGCAAGCAGAGAACUUCACUUACCGGUUGCAACUCACUGGUCACCGCCGGCGGCUCACCUGGGAGGCAACCCCACGGUCCGUCCAUGAGGGUAUUGCCUCCGCCAUCAUGAGCAGUGACUGUCUGGUCUUUGAUAUGAGCAUUGCACAACUCUUCGAAGAAAAUGGAAAUUUACACAUAAAUGUGACCAUCUCCAUGUGCUGA